AUGGAAUCGUCCUUGGUUAAUUAUAUUUGGAAUCCAUCGAUAAUUAUAACUAAUUCAUUGGAAACCGUGCAGAAUGGUCGCGAUGAAAUUAAAGUUUAUAGUAGUGGAUUAGUCGAAUUCACUCAAAUAGCGCAGUGGAGUCGUAUAACUUCAAUAAUGGGACCGAAAUCAGGUUGGGGUAUGUGGACUUUGACUGACUGGUACCGUGAUUAUAAAAUGAUACAAAUCAAUCUUAAAAGGUCUUUGAUUUCGUGGUUGUGCACUUAUUACAUUCCAUCCAUACUAUUAUUAAUAUGUUCGUGGAUGGCAUCGUGGAUGAAUACACAGGCAUAUUACUCACGAAUGAUUUUAUCUUUAUCAGUGUUUAUUGCUACUAUAAUUGUCAUUUUAUAUAAUAAUUAUGGUAUACAACGAACAGCGUAUAUUAAAGCAAUUGAUGUGUGGAAUUUCAUUAUUGCAACAUACGCUCUAAUAGCUCUUUUACAGUCGGCUUUGGUUACUAGUUCCACGAUGAAACAGUUUGUGCCGAGGAGAACGACGAGUUAUAUGGAUGAAAGCGACGAAAAAAUUCGUUGGUUAAGCGAAACUCCGUAUUACGCCCAAUUACCUGAAGUAAAACCUAAAACUUUUGCAAAAAUAUUUGACUGUAUAUUUCGAGUAUUCUUCCCGACCACGUUUCUGCUUAUUUCUAUGUCUUAUUUUUUUUAUUACCUUGUGCCUUACAUUUUUUAA